AAUAUACCCAAGUAUAGUGGGGCUUGAACUAUUCAAGGCCAUAAAUUAGUAACGGACAGCGUUGCAGAAAUGAUGGAAUGGGAAAAGACUACCGUCACCGCCCUACUUCCGCUGUGCUUCGGACCUGUCCAGAACAAGUGACACGUUUCAGCCCCGUGUAGAUGCCGAUAUACUGACUAAUACAAAAUCCACCUUGAAGCUAGUUCUAGGCCUGUUCCUGAAGCUUCUAUUAGUGUGCAUCGAAAUGUAUAAAUAACGGGUACCUUUUUGGUAAUAGGAGGGGUUGUCUUCCAUCUGUUCCUACUUCAAUCACAACAUCUAUACCCUCGAUUACAACAUCGCAAAUAGUCUUAUUCACCUAUCAUAACUCCCAAAACACCACACCUCAUAUUCACUCAACAAUCAUGGCACCUUUUGGCAAGAUUUACUCCUACCCGGGAAACUUCCGUGUCUCACGGGCUCAAGUCGUAGCUGCUCACAAUGGCCUCGAAGUGCCCUUAGUUGAGGACUUCAAGAUGGGUGUGGACAACAAGACCCCUGAAUUUCUGGCCAAGUUUCCCAUGGGAAUGGUCCCUGCUCUAGAGUGUGCCGACGGCUUCUGCAUCGCCGAGGGCGCUGCUAUCUGCUAUUAUCUUGCGCGUUCGGGACCCAAGAAGGAUCAACUACUCGGCACUGAUCCUAAGUCCCAAUCUAUUAUCGACGAGUGGGUAUUCUUAGCCGAGACCGAGCUUCUCCCAAACGUCCUCCCGCCUACAGCCAUGGUGAUUUUCCCGGGAUACCCUAAGGACAAUGACCGUUAUGAGAAAUCUGUGACGGCCACCGUGCGCGCUCUAAAGCGUACCGAAACCGCUCUCCAAGGCGGCAAGAAGUACCUUGUCGGCGAUAGCGUUACUCUUGCCGAUAUCAUGGUAGCAGCCUGCGUGUUCUUCGGCACCAAGGUCGUUAUCGACGCUGAGAUACGCAAGGAAAUUCCAAAUGUCGUUGCGUGGGCGCAGGGACUGCAAGCUCUUCCCGAGUUCAAGGCAAUGGGCGAGUUUAACUUGCUAGAGACCCGCAUCAAGCCAUGAAAGACUUAUUAAGAUGGCGGGGAGCAUCUGCACUGCUACCUUAGGCCAUGCCGGGUAUAGUGCCUAUGAAGGCAAACUAUGGGCAUCAUAAAAAGCUUUGGGAGGUACUAAAAUAUCAAUGAAGAUGAACUCGAGUCGAACCCAAAGGUCUGAUAGUAUCGCAGCAUGACAUAUCUAUGUCUAUUGCUCGGAUUAUGGUUUGUGGGUGGAAGGUAUCGGUGAAAUCAAGAUAGUUUCAAAUCAUCGUACGAAUGCAACUAUUUCAGACCUUGCUAAACUUUUCGUGCUCUAAACAUAUUAUUUGCCCGGAGUAGUAGUGCGAAUAAACAACUAACCUAGGUAAUUGUAAGUGUA